UGGAUAUACAUAAACACACGGUUAUUUGCAAUGUUGACAUUCAGAUACAAUCGCAUUCGACCAGUUACCACCACCAAUACCACUCCAAAAUAGUGUAUCGCAAGCUCUUUAAAAUAUUUAUAUCGAAAAACAACAACAAUAAAUAAUAAUUAUAAUAAUAAUCAUAACAAUUAUUUGAGUGAAUUUGUGAAAUGGAAUCCGAGAUAUUUUCGAUAAAUUUGAGGGUGGAUAAACAAGUUACUGACAUCGAAUUUCACGAUGUGACUUAUUCCACAAAAAUCAAAAAUGGCUACAAAAAAAUCAUCGAUGGAGUUUCAGGAAAAUUCUAUUCUGGUCAUCUUUCAGCCAUUAUGGGACCUUCGGGGGCUGGUAAAACAUCUUUACUUAAUAUUUUAACUGGAUAUCAAAUUGCAGGAACCAGCGGCAAUAUAAAAUGCAGCAGUCCAAAUAAGAGAAAAAAAAUACUACAUUACAGAAAAGAAUCCUGUUAUAUCCUUCAAGACGAUAAUUUACCACUUUUAUUUACAGUACAGGAAUCUAUGAUGAUGGCUUGCAAUCUUAAACUAAAUAAUAUUACGGAAAAGGCUAAAGAAUUUUUGAUUAACGACAUUUUAACUAAUUUGGGUUUACUUAAAACGAAAAAUAUUAGAUGCCACAAUUUAUCUGGUGGUCAGAAAAAGCGUUUAUCGAUAGCUUUAGAAUUGGUAGAUAAUCCUCCAAUUAUGUUCCUAGACGAACCUACUACGGGACUCGACAGUUUGUCGACCACUCAGUGCGUUCAAAUGUUGAAGAAAUUAGCCAACGGAGGAAGGAUUAUAGUUUGUACAAUACAUCAACCUAAUGCCCAUACGUACGAGUUAUUUGAUCAAGUAUAUAUGAUGGCAAAUGGGAGAUGCGUUUAUCAAGGAACAAGUAUGAAUACUGUACCAUACCUAGCUUCGGUGGGCCUAUAUUGUCCACAUUAUCACAAUCCUGCAGAUUAUUUUAUGGAAGUUGUUAGUGGAGAUUAUGGUAAUUAUCUUGAUGUACUAGAAAUUCAAGCCAAAGAGGACAAAUGGAAAUAUGUACCUACAAUUAAAAUGAGUGACAAUCUAACUCUAGUUGAUAAUAAUAUUGUCUAUACCGAUAAUGGUGGUAUAAAUGAAGCGCCUCCGGAAUGGAAAAGGUUUUUCACAUUAUUGAGAAAAAAUGCUAUUCAACUAUACAGAGAUUGGACGAUAUCUCAACUUAGGGUACUCCUACAUUUCCUAAUAGGAUUAAUUUUAGGGUUCACUUUUCAAAGCUGUGGUCGUGAUGCUACCAAAAUAUUUAGUAAUUUAGGAUUUUUACAAUUUGGCAUAGUUUAUUUAACUUAUACUUCAAUGAUGCCAGCAGUAUUAAAAUUUCCCUCCGAAUUAGUUAUAUUGAAAAAAGAAAACUUCAAUAAUUGGUAUAAACUUUCUACAUAUUAUGCUGCCUUUUUGGUAUUCGAUAUACCUCAACAGGUGCUGUAUUCUUUAGUUUAUUGUCUCGGAUCUUAUUUCAUCAGUGAUCAACCCCUUGAAAUUAUCAGAUUUACUAUGGUAUUUUCCGUGCUAACGCUAUCUUCACUAUCAGCCUCCGGAGUUGGACUAAUCAUAGGAACGCUCACCGAUCCAAUAAAUGGUAUAUUUUUUGGAUCAAUUAUAUUGGCUGUAAUGAUAUGUUUUGGAGGAUUUGUCAUUAUAUUUACGCACAUGAGCAAAGUGAUGUACUACUUCACUUACAUAUCCUACAUCAGUUUUUCUACAGAAGGUUUGAUGCAAGCUGUUUAUGGUUUUAACAGAGCUCCUUUGAAUUGUCCCGAAGAAGCAGAUUAUUGUCAUUUGACUUCAUCGGAGGAUCUCCUCAAAACCAUGGGCAUGGAAUCGCCUAAUUAUUGGCUAGAUGUUGGAUAUUUAUGUUGUGCAUUCAUCUUCUUUAGAACAAUUGCUUUCGUAACGCUAAGAAGAAAACUAUCAACGUCAUAACAAAAAUGGUUUUCUUAUAAUGUAUCAGAAAGAGAAUAUUUAAUGUGGUUUUUUUAAAUAAAGUACUUCGACUAAGUAAAAUAGUCUGGUACUCUGAAUUAAGAGAAGAAACUUUUAUUAUAAGUUGUAUUAUAAAUAAUUGUUGCUUGAUUAUUCUUUAAAUUACGCGUGGUUUUGAUGGUGAGAUUUUUUUUCCUCCAAAGAACACAAAUUUGAACAUAUAAUAAAGACUGAUACUAAAUAAUUGAGUCGAGUACCUUACGCAGAAAGUUAUUUUAAUAAUAAUAUAAACGUUUCUUUCAUUUCAAUCUGAGACAUUCAAAUGCUGCUAAUGAAAUAUUUUGCAUUUAAAAACGUGAUUCUCAGUAAACAAUAUUUGUAUAUGAAACAGAAGGGCGUCAAAUAUUAUUUAUUCCCCGAACAACUUUUCACACUUUUGUACAACUCAAGUUGUUGAAAUAUCAAAUAAUACACUAUCAUGUUAAAUUACGCUUACUUCAAGUCAUCUAUAAUUGCCACAUUCAUAUCACAACUUCUUUUUUAUUGUUUCUUGUGAACAGCUACGUCUGGCGGAAAUAAACCAAUAACGUUUAAAUCUGGGUGGACAACGUGCAUUAAGUGAAUGUCAUUUUGGAAGUUACUCGAUGCAAACAAACCGUUGGUUAUUAUUAAUAAAACAGAGCGUUAUUGGAGGUUUUCAUUUUAAUAUUUUGAAAAUUGAAUUUGAUCAUUUCUAAUGGUUGGUUCUGAUACUACGCAACUUCUUCGAAUUCGGUACACAAUUUUUGUUCUCUGUAUAUUAUAAAUAUAAUAGAACAGAAUUUAUUGCAGCCAAACCGUUUUUCUAAGUCGUCGGUUAGAUGGCGACAAAAGAGACCGAUAACGUUGAUCGCUGUCACGAAUGUCAACAGGACAUGACAAAUAAAGAAAUGUGGGAAAAAAAUCUGGAAAACUGAUAUUAGAUAUUUGAUUACGAAUCUCGUACAAAAUUAUUUAGACUGAUAGUGACUUUUAUUUAAUGAAACUUUAGAAAAAUAAUCCAAUUUCUAAUCAUUUGUCUGUCUUUGGAGGAUAAUAAUCUGUGUAUUAGAAACCUAAUUUCGGGGAGAACAAUUAUUGAUAUUGAAAUUAUUUAUGGCGAUUGGUGGUUGUAUUAUGUUAUAAAUUAUUAUCUACAAAAACUAUAAAUUGUGAAAAUCGUUUAAUAUUGGUUUCUGCAAAUUCAUAAAUAAUACCAGUUCUUGAAGAACAAUAAAAGAAUUCAAACAAUAAAAA